UCCCAACUUUCUUUUCAACCACAGUCAUACAGUUGCGAAGGAAUUAUAGUCUCGCGGUUCGCCGGCGGUCUCCAGCUCGCUCCAUCACGAAUCGCACCAAUUCCCCUCGCCGUUGUUCCUCUGCAUCUCUAAUCAAUUCUGGAAUUGGAUCACAUGGAGUUCUCUGGGCGAAUCGGGUAAAGAAAGAGGAAUCGACAAAAGAAUUAGGGAAAUGGCGGAACCAAACAAAGAUAUUCCUGUGACUGAAGUGUUUUGGGCGCUGGUUGAAAAAGCUGAUAAGAAGUUCUCCAAGAUCAGAGACUUGCCUUACCACGAGCGCAGCAGGUAUGAAUACUUCUUCAAGGUAUUCAAGGUGUACACACAGUUGUGGAAGUUUCAGCAAGAGAAUCGGCAGAAGUUGGUAGAAUCUGGUCUCAAGAGAUGGGAGAUUGGCGAGAUUGCAUCUCGCAUCGCUCAGCUCUAUUAUGGACAGUAUAUGCGGACGAGUGAUGCAAGUUACUUGACCGAAUCGUAUGUAUUCUAUGAUGCAAUACUUACGAGGGAGUAUUUCAAGGAAGGCUUGUUGCAGGAUCUCAAUCUUGCGAACAAGCAGCUGAGGUUUCUUGCUAGGUUUCUGAUGGUGUGUUUGGUGCUUAACCGUCGAGAUGUCGUUCAUCAGCUGGUUAAUCAGCUCAAAGUUUUAGUUGAUGAGUGCCGAAGGACAUAUCAGGUCAAGUUUUCCGAGCUUACUCUGGACACGUUUAGGAUGCUUCAGUGCCUGGAGUGGGAACCAAGUGGUGCAUUUUACAAAACACAUAACCCUAAACUUGGCCAAAAUGGAGUUCCAGGCCCUAGUCGAGUUAACUAUGCCCAGGAUAUAUCUGAUCCUACUUUACCUCCCAACCCACGGAAAGUUGUGCUAUAUCGUCCUUCCAUGACUCAUUUGUUAGCAGUUCUUGGUACUCUAUGCGAGGAGCUAAACCCUGAUGGAGUUCUUCUAAUCUAUUUGUCAGCUUCAGGAAGAAUCGGAAAUACCAUUUCAUCUACUACAGAAUCUCGAGCUUCUAUAAACAGUGUAGGAAGCUUGGGAAAGAGCUUGCAAUCUCACGGCAUAGAUUCAGAUGCCGCAUCUGUGUCGUCUUCAGACUGCCUGAAUAAUAAUGCUAGUCCAACUUCUAGGAGGAGUAAAAAGGAUUGUUUGAAUUUUGGUACUCAUACUAAUGGAGGGCAAAACAAUGUAUACCCUUCUGACUUGAUUCCAUUCACAAGGCGACCACUUUUUAUCAUUGUUGACAGUGAUGGCAGUGACGCAUUUAAGGCUAUAAAUGGUGGUGAAAAAGGAGAGCCCGCUGCAGUAUUUCUAUCCCCAAGUAGUUCAAUUCUAAGCACUUCAACUGAUACUUCUCGUCGUGAAAGUGGGAGUCUGUUCACCAUUUUCCUCACAGCUCCACUGCAAGGCUUCUGUUUGUUACUUGGUUUAUCUGGCCCCGAUAUUGAAAUGGAUACAUUCAACCGGGCUGAGAAGUUGCUGUCUUCAUCAUUAAAUGACUGGGGAGCUUCUUUAGUGAUGUCAGAACCUCUUGACCCUGUUUGGGCACAGGUGCUUGGCGAUCCAUUCCUUAGGCGACUUGUUUUGAGAUUUUUGUUUUGCCGCGCUGCUUUAACGCUCUAUGGAACAUCGUUUGGCAAGAAGGAGCUUCAUCCCGAAUGCUUGCCUUCUCUUCCACCCGCAUUCCUUCCCACUGCCGUCCAACCUCAGACUUUGAUCUUGCAGUUGGCCAACGUCUUCGGUGCAUCAAAGAAGUUCCUGUGCUACUGGGGGCUCUGGGGAAGAGUCGCUUCAUGCGUUUAUACAAGCUCGGAUAAUAGCAGGAUGAGCGGUGACGUGUUUGAUGGACAGAGAGAGCAGCGUGUCACAUUCCUAUACUUGGCAAAUGACAUCUUGCAAAACAGUAAGCGCAAGGGCAGUGAAUUUGUUAAUGAGUUCUGGAAAGUUCUUCCUAAAGAACUCAAAGUUGUCUAUGAAAGUGGAGAUGAGCAUGCAAAGAAAGUAGUAGCCAGAUUGGUCAACAUUUGGGAAGAAAGGAAGGUGUUUGGUUCGCGCGCCCAAAAUCUGAAGGAUGAAAUGCUUGGUAAAGUUCCUCUUCCUCCAGUAGUGAGCAAUGGAAAGAGCUCGAACCAGAUCUCAAACCCUAUCAAGAUAGUGAAAAGGGAUGCCAGCUCGUUAAGAAUUAAACUGAUGGUGGGAUGUACACCGGAGAAGAUAUUGACUGCAUUUCAAUCUGUUCUUGAUGAAAAUCAAACUGAGGAAGCUGCACUGGAUAAGAGUAGUACUACUGUAUCUCAUUUGGGUAAAAUCAGAGAAGACGUAGAAAGUACAUUAAUUGCAGGAAAUCAGCCUGGUUCCGCGUUGAUGGAUGAGUUACAGAUGCAGGAAAAUGUCCUUCAGCAGUGUGCUGGCCAGCUUGAAACUGCUGAAAAUUUACAUUCGACUUUGAUUUCACAGCUUAAAGAAGCACUUAAAGAACAAGAGUCGAAGUUUGACAUCGUUCAUUCUCAGUUGCAAGUUGUGAGAGGUCACAUCGAACAAUCUAGCAAUUUAAGGAAGAGGUUAGCAACUGUAUUUGUACCCGGCCCAUCAGCUACAACCACCACCUCAGCAUCAGAUGGAACAAGAGGAGUUGAACUCAUUUCUUCUUCACCAGGACGGCCAACAACAACAACAAGCACCCCGCCUCCAUCUCAGCCUACUCCAGUCUCACAGUCUGCAUCAGCAGUUUCCUUUGCUGCGCCUCUCCAACCUCCUCCUGCUGCUGAUGAAGAAAGCAAGAAAGCAGCUGCCGCAGCUGUUGCUGCUAAACUCUCCGCCUCCUCAUCAUCAGCACAAAUGCUAACAUCCGUCCUCUCGUCCCUUGUUGCUGAAGAAUUAAAUGGUUCCUUCAAGUCAGCAGGAUUUGCUGAUGUUUUCCCCCCAGAGAAACGGCCUAGAUUAGAGCAACGGACAUCUGAGACCGAUUCAAACAACAAUAUGGCGGCCUUUUUCUCCUCUGUGGCUUCAACCAACCAGAUACAAGCGGCUUCAUUUGGCUCUUUGCAGCCACCAUUCCCACCUCCUCCGCCUCCAAUGUCCCAAACUAGCACACCAGCAAACCAAUACAUGCAGCAGCCUGGUGGUAUGAUGGCUGCUAGCAUGAUGCCACCUUAUGGGUAUGGAGCUAGUGGCAACUUUCCUCCUCCACCCACUAUGCCGCCUCCAAAUUUUGAGUUAAGCAACUUGGCGUGGCAGCCUACCUCACUGCAGCAAUUGCAGCCUCUGGAGCCGCCACAGCAACAACAACAACAACAGCAACAACAGCAGCAGCAGACACCAGCAACAAGUGGAGGAUACUAUAGGCCACCGGGGAUAGGGGGCUUCUAUGGUCAAAUGCACCAGGCAACUACACCUCCAGUACCUAGACAGUAAGCUUAUUGAAAAGGCUCGUUAGAGAGACCGACAGAAGUGAGGAAAGCCUCUGCAAGGCCAUUUAGCACCAGGAGAUAGUAACUUGACCAUAUUCUGUGUAUAAAUAUCGUUUAAAGUAAUAGGACCCACUUUAAUGUCCACCUUUAGCAGAAUUUGUAGUGGGUGGUAGGGGUCGUUGAUGGUGGGAUUGUGCAAAUUUUCCCACAUAGAUGUAACUGGCUUGAUUCAACUUUCUGUUCUUGUACCAUAACUGUUAGAUGCUGUGUCUGGUGAACGCUUCCUCCCCUGUUUAGCUUUACAAAUAUUCAGUAGCUGCUUAGUUACAAGGGUGGAUGGAUGGGCAAAUGUGUUUGUUUUGUGUUUUAUAUUGGCCCAGGGGGAAUAGAAACAUAUCCAAGCAUGUUUUGUUUGCUCGGUGUUUUUGGUUUUGAGGGUUUCCCUUGAGUCAUGGACUGGGUACUAAGUAUGUAAUCUAUUCUCUUCUGCAAGGGAUUGCAUGCCAUGUUUGGUAAUUUGGUUUGGGAGAG